CAUGGCGUACGCUGGACUAGAUCUCACGGUCACCACCCCUGGAGCACGCGCAGUGGCAGCCUAGCUGUAGGAGUGACAGCUGAAGCAGAAGCAUGGGGAUGGCGCACGUCGUCGUCCUGGCGGCGGUGCUGGCCAUGGCGACGACGGUGAGCGCCUCGCCGGAGGCGGGGGUCCAGCCACUGUCUAAGAUCGCCAUCCACAAGGCCACCGUCGAGCUGCACGGCUCCGCGUACGUGCGCGCGAGUGCGCUGCUGCUCGGCGACGGCGACCAGCAGGAAGGAGACACUGCAACGGUCACUGUGGAAUACGGCUGGCAAAACCCCGCCACCGACGACUGGAUCGCCGUCUUCUCCCCCUCCGAUUUCAUCUCGGGCUCGUGCCCUAACCCACGGAGGUACCCCACCGAGCCGCUGCUCUGCACAGCGCCUAUCAAGUAUCAGUACGCCAACUUCUCGGCGAACUACCUCUACUGGGGCAAGGGCACCAUCCAGUUCCAGCUCAUCAACCAGCGCUCCGACUUCUCCUUCGCUCUCUUCACCGGCGGCCUGGAAAACCCAAAGCUUGUGGGGUUGACGAAGCUGUCGCCGUUCAAGAACCCCAAGGCGCCGGUGUUCCCGCGGCUGGCGCAGGGCAAGACCCACGACGAGAUGGCCGUGACCUGGACCAGCGGCUACGACGUCGGCGAGGCCUACCCGUUCGUGGAGUGGGGCAUGGUCACCUCCGGCUCCGGCGGCGGGAACCCCGCCCGCACCCCCGCCGGCACGCUAACCUUCAACCGCGGCAGCAUGUGCGGCGCGCCGGCGCGGACGAUCGGGUGGAGGGACCCCGGGUUCAUCCACACGGCGUUCAUGAGGGGCCUGUGGCCCAACAAGGAGUACUUCUACAAGAUCGGGCACGAGCUCCCCGACGGGACGGUGGUGUGGGGCAAGCCCUACACCUUCCGGGCGCCGCCGACCCCCGGGCAGAGCUCGCUGCAGCGCGUCAUCGUCUUCGGCGACAUGGGGAAGGCGGAGAGGGACGGGUCGAACGAGUACGCCAACUACCAGCCGGGGUCGCUCAACACGACGGACGCGCUGGUUAAAGAUCUGGACAACUUCGACAUGGUCUUCCACAUCGGCGACCUGCCCUACGCCAACGGCUACAUCUCGCAGUGGGACCAGUUCACCGCGCAGGUCGCCCCCAUCAGCGCCAGGAAGCCCUACAUGAUCGCCAGCGGCAACCACGAGAGGGACUGGCCCAACACCGGAGGGUUCUUCGACGUCGAGGACUCCGGCGGCGAGUGCGGCGUGCUGGCCGAGACCAUGUACUACUACCCGGCCGAAAACAGAGCAAACUUCUGGUACAAGGUGGACUACGGGAUGUUCCGGUUCUGCGUGGCGGACUCGGAGCACGACUGGCGGGAGGGGACGCCGCAGUACAAGUUCAUCAAGGAGUGCCUCUCCACGGUGGACCGGAAGCACCAGCCGUGGCUCAUCUUCGCAGCGCACCGGGUGCUGGGAUACUCCUCCAACAAGUGGUACGCCGAGCAGGGCUCCUUCGAGGAGCCCGAGGGGCGGGAGAGCCUGCAGAAGCUGUGGCAGCGGUACCGCGUCGACCUGGCCUUCUUCGGCCACGUCCACAACUACGAGCGCACCUGCCCGCUCUACCAGAACCAGUGCGUGAGCAACGAGCGGAGCCGCUACUCGGGCACCAUGAACGGGACCAUCUUCGUGGUGGCGGGCGGCGGCGGCAGCCACCUCAACGGCUACACCAGCGCCAUCCCCAAGUGGAGCGUGUUCAGGGACCGGGACUAUGGCUUCACCAAGCUCACGGCCUUCAACCACUCGUCGCUUCUCUUCGAGUACAAGAGGAGCAGCGACGGCAAGGUCUACGACAACUUCACCAUCCACAGGGACUACCGCGACGUGCUCGGCUGCGUGCACGACAGUUGCUUCCCCACCACACUCGCUACCUGAUGGCUCGGUCCAGCCAUCAUGGAGCCAACCAGCGGCUAAUAAAGAGAGUUGAUCCUGCAUUUUCUUAAGAAUGGUUUCUGAGACUUGUGCUUCCAUGAUGUGCGCAUAUUGUGCUCUGUGUUAUUCACAGUCUGUUGCACUAGAGUGUGGAGGUUUUCUUUUGUUAUUGUUGUUGUUGCGGUUGAACUGCACUGUGAGACGCAUGUGUUCCCGGUAAUUAUAUGAUGUUUUAAUAAAAAGCUGGGCUAGCAUGAGCGUAGCGUUUUGGUGCUC